AUGGACGGCAUACUAUACGACACCUCGUAUACUGCUUACGCAGUUCCUCAAGCCACUCCUGCACUUUUCGCGCUCCUAUCGGCCUCCCCAUCGAGGUUGAGCGACCAUGCUAAUACUCUGCGCGAGCAUCUCUCCGCUGACCGCGCCGCCUACGAAGAUGAGGAGGAAAGAGAAAAGAUCGGCGGUCUACGAGACUGUAAAUUUGCUCCUCUGCAGCGACACGAGGCCGAACCACAGGGUGUAGCGAUCACGCUUUUUUAUGACAAACUGUCCUACAAGUUUGUGCUGUACCGAGGCACUCCAUCUCCCACAAAGGCACGAAGCAGGAGGGCCGGCCACAAGAAAGACGAGAGUCUGCCACUGCUGCUCAUAAAAGCUACUUCAUCACUCACUGCACGGUUUCUUGCCUAUCUGUCGCUGCACUUCCAUGUGCCCACUAUCGCACCACUGAAACUCCCGGUAGGGUAUCUAGCAGACGUAUUGGAUGUUUAUGUCGACGGUCUCGUGGAUGCGCAUCGGCCUGUUGCUAGCGAUUAUGCUUUACUGGACUUCUUCCGAGAUACCGUCGGCGCUAUGAAGCUGACUAUCUCUCUUACCGAUGCUGAAAUCGCGAAGAGUCUGCGGACCAUUGAUGUGGAUGUGCCGCCGGAGACACUGUAUCAGCUGGUAGUCGAGUCGGAAGCCGGCACGAGCUUUCUGGAAGCUCUUCACAAACACUUACACGCCCGUACCGGACUACUGCUGCCUCUUGCUCCAACGUAUCCUGUUCGCCGAUCCCAAGACAACGAUAACUUGGAGCAAGACAAGACAGAACCACCACUCAAGCUCUCCAGAAUUGGGAACGCUGCUUUCGCAUUGAGCAGCGAGGGACGGCUGAAGUUCAGCUCCAAAAGCAUGCAGGCCGUGGACGCGGUCCCUGGCAUUGAUAGUGGCGAACACAAUGUCGUUAGAAAGGCGAACCAGGAUCUGCUCGAUUCACUAAUCAGAGAAGCUUUGAGCAUGGCCGAUACAGACUGA